UAGCUGCCCAGUAGCGCUUUGGCGGUGAGGUAGGGAGCACGCGCUGCUUUCUUCUGUGUCUCACGUUUGUGUGUGUCGUGUGACGGUAUGUUUACCCCUAUGCCAGCCUUGAAACAUUCGUAAUUGUUUAUUAAACCGUUUGUUGCUUACUUGGUAUGAGGCCUGUGCUAUUAGUAGCUGGUAACGUUUGAAAUGAGCAUCUUUGUGAAAUAGAUGGUUGUGGUCACGAAAUAAUGUGUCCAUUUAAACUCAUCUAGUACUGUCUUAGGUCUGGGCCGAAGUUUAUUUCUUUCUUUCUUGCUCCUGAAAAGCCAGGAUCAUUGGAGUGACUGAGAUAAGGAAUCUAUAAACUAGGAUUGUUGUGGCUUGCCAAGGAGCCUACUCAUCGCCGUGUGAGAAAAAUCUUCGACAACCCAAGUUGAUGUAAAAAGCGCAAUGUUUUACUUUGGUGGUCAUUGUAAAACUGCGUGAAGUAUUGCCAUUGGCCUACAUAUAUCCAGCUCUAAUAGGAGCCAAAGUCUAACAUAAAGAAGCCAAAGACUAACAUUCGGCCUGCCAACUGUGGACGAAAUCAUUUGAGAUCAGCCAAGAAUCUGCUAAUUUUAGUUGUAAGUUUGUAAUUGUCAAUUAAUCACAAGAAAUCUUACGAAGAAGACCAGCGAUUACAAUUGGAUAUGACUGAGGACUUUGUGCUUCCCGCUGAACGUCUACUUUAGGAUCCACUUCUACGAACUCGGACCACGUGAAGUUCAGGUGAGAGUGGUCUUCUCCAAUGAACAGAUGUUGCUUCGAUAAGAGGAGCCAUUAAGGAGAGGAGGACGUGGUAGAAGAUAAGAGAAUCCCUCGAGAGAGAGAAAAAGAAGAAGAUAGGGAGAAGAGAGAAAAAGAGAUGAUGCGUCGCUCCCUCAGGUGGAUGGUGUGCGCCGCUGGAUGGGUGGCCGUCAUCUACACCUUCUUCAUCGCCUUCGUCACCCUCGUCAGCCUGACGGACCCCAGCCUCAUGAAGCAGGCGUCCAAUGAUCAGGCUCGUGGAACAUGGAGCUGGGCAUCUCGACGAGUAGGACGAGGGGCUCGGUUACCUUGGUGCCAACAGCUCAAAUGGCGUGUACCUCCAGGCCCCCCUACGGCCUUAGUCUCAUUCCCUGGGUCAGGAAACACGUGGCUACGAUAUCUUUUACAGCAGGCCACUGGUUACUAUUCAGGUAGUGUGUACAAAGACUAUGCUCUCAUGAAGAAUGGUUUUCCAGCGGAAUCCGUAUCCAAUGGAUCAGUUGUGGUUGUGAAGACUCAUGAAUGGGGUCCUGAGAUGCGUAAGGCUUUUUCAAGAGCAGUACUAGUAUUAAGGGAUCCUUACCCAGCUAUUCAAGCAGAAUUCAAUCGUCAAAGUGGAGGUCAUAUAGGUCAUGCUCAGCCAGAUAAAUAUACAAGAGAUAAAGGACGUUAUUGGGAGAAAUUUGUGAUGAACAAAGCACUAGCAUGGAUGAAUACAACUUUAGACUGGUUGAAGUUCGAAGGACCUCUUCAUCUUGUCUUCUACGAAGACUUAAUUGAUAAUCUACCUGAGGAAAUGAGAAGAAUAUUAGAAUUUCUUGACCUUGAAGUUUCUGAAAGUAAUUUUGACUGUAUGAUAAGACAUCAAGAUGGAAUAUAUAAAAGAAGAAAACGACCAUUAAAUUUUGACCCAUUUACACCUAAACUACGAGCCUUAGUUGAUCGCUGCAAACGUCUGGUGGACCGUGCAGUGCGAGAGGUAUUAGCUGGUGGUGAUGUCAAACUAGUUUUACAAAACAUGAACUACUUAAAUAUCAGUGAUGAUAAUGCAUCUGCAAGUAGAUGAUAGUACACUUGUCCAACAGCACAUUACACCUUACAGUAGGGAGUUAGAGAAAUUUUGUAUUUAGUACAGGUAGUUUUUAAUAAAGUGAAGAAAAUUACAAAAAUUUUGUUGUAAAACAGUAAGCUAAACAUUUUGCCAAAUUACAGUUACACUGAACAAAAACCAUAUCUGUUAAUCAUCAGCACCUUUUAUUUAACUAAACCACAGAAUUUCACUGAUGUUGGUGUAGAGCAGUUUUAUACUUUGAUAAAAUAUUCUAACCCAUUUUGCUUAACCUUUCGGGAAGACUACAGACUUUUUGAAAGUUUAGCAUGAAGUGAUCAAGGUGAUUUUCAGACUGAAUAUGUAUAAACAUGUACAUGAUCCUAUACAGGAUUCAUAUUACAUGUUUGCAUUAAAGCCCUGCACAGGUAUGAAAGAGUGCAUUUUUCCCUUCUAAAAUGUUACUUAUCACUAAACUAUGGACUGUCACCACCAUACUGUUAGUAUCAUUAGAGUUUUAGCAAAUUCAUAAAAUGCAAAUCAAAAUUUAGGCUAAUUUGCCAGUAACCUAGGCUGUCUGAACUCAAACUAUUAUGUUACCAUACUGCCAAUAUGACGUGGUUCAGAAGUCACUUAAAACCGUUGGUCCCAUUGCUGAAUAACCACCGGUUCCAUGCAACGUAAACACACCAUACAAACAAACAUACUGCCAAUACAGGAAUUUCAAGAAAAAUGUUUACCAGUAAAAUUCUCAGCCAAAGAUUUGGUAACUUUAAAAUUUGCAGUUUCAAUAAUCUGCUGUACAUACUGCAUGUUUCUAAAGUAAUUAAUUAUUCCAACAUUCCUUUUAUAGAAUUACUAUUAAAUAAAAUGAUGAUUUGAAUGAACUACUAUUUUAAAAAUUUUGUGAAAAAAGGGGAAACCAACUGACAAGAGAGUGACAUUUAUUUAGAAAUGAAUGACUUGCAAACAUUUUGGUUACUUUUCAUCUAGUGUUUUGGACAUGGGUACAUGAUGGUUGGUUACCAGAGAUUUUUCAGUGGUUUUAAUUAUUUCAAAGCCUAUGCAUUAUGAUUCUGUAUUCCUUGCCUAUUAUUUUUACUUAACAUUACCAUUUCAUUGAAAAGCAUUUGUUGUUAGGAUUCCCAAUAUCUCUGUGCAAAUUGUAAAAAACACUGGUUUUGUUAUUGGCAAUCUAUUAGUGUCUCCUUGAUUGUAUGUAACAUCAUGAAGCAUACUAAUAUAAGAAAAAUACUGUCUGACGAGAAAAAACCUGAAAUUUUCAUGCUCAUAAAAGUCAAUAAACCAAAUUUUUCAGCAAAGUAAAAACCACCACUAUUUUGGGUAAAGAAAAUAGUUUUUAAAGUAUUCCUGCCUUGACUUAGCCAGAAAAGGAAAAAUCUUAAAAUAUUGCAAAAUGCUUUUAAGUUUACAAAAAUGUAUGGGCUAGAAGGAAAAACCAAUCUGAGUUUUCCUCUUAAAAGUCAAAGUCAAAAAUGUUUUUAUGCCAUGGUGUCAACAGGAAACCAAAUUAAUCACCAUUAUACUAAUCUAAUUACUACAGUCAUCUAAACUGAACUUGGUAGAAAACAUGCUUUUCCUUUUAUUCUAAAUUAACCACAAUUUACCAGUGAUGUCUUUGAAAGUUUAACUAGAUUUAAAAUUUUUACUACUAUUAAAUCAUUUAACUACAAGUCAGUUUUGAAUAUUCAGCACUACCCCCCUCAUUGUAAAAAAAUAAUUAAUUUGUGUUAACUCUUAAAGGAUGUUAAAAAAUGUACUGAUAAAGACAAAAAGUCAGUCACUGGACUUAUUGGUAUGCAAAAAGCUCUUAUUCACAUGUGUCAUUAAAGUGGCUUAACUUUGAUUUAUUUCCUCCAAUAAUGCAUAGCAAUAAAUCCCCUACCUAACACACACACUUCAUUACUAAUUUGAUCACCUACGACUAAAUCAUAUUCAAAACAACCACUCAAUGAAAAUACUUCCAGAAUAAAUCUAGAAAAAUUAUUCCCAAUGAAAACAAAAACUAUAAAAGCAAUCAUUACAUUCCACUAACAUUUCAGAUAAUAUUUUAUAGAGGGGCUUCGUUAAUGUUAACCACUUAAUAAUCUACCAAUCUACUUAAGCAACCUAGAGAGAUGGCUAGCUUCGCUUUCAAAAUGUGGAUAAUUCUCUUUUCCUGUAAGCAAGUUUUUCUUUGUAUUUUUUUACCUUUAGCCUACACAACAAUUCCUGCCAUGACACUCAACAGCUGUGGGAAGUUUCAAUUUAAAAAAAUAUUUGGGAGGUGAAACUGCACCACAAUGUUUUUCACAUCUUUUUCAGUUUUUAAUUAUCAUUGGCAGAUUAUUAAAUAAAAGAUAAUAAAAUGAGUCUAAUGUACCAAAACACAGUUAACCCUUAAACGCCGACUGGACGUAUUAUACGUCAACUAAAAUUGUCUGUCGGGUGCUUAAUUGACAUACGAUACGUCUACUACAAAGUUUUUUUUUUAAAUAUUCGCGGAAAAAUAGUUAUAGGCCUAGUUUGCGAAACAUUUUAAAUCAUGCGCCUUAAGGGAUGCUGGGAGUUCACGGAUCAAGCUGUUAUUUUGUUUACAAGCGUUUGCAGCCGUGCAUGCACGAAUUUCUUUCUUCUCCCACUAAAAAGCAUCAGCUACACAUCUCAGAAAUUCUUUCAUCACUUUGUCGUAAUUUUUGCACCAUUUUAAAUUAGCCAUUACAGAGAGUUUUAUAUAUGUAAAUGUGUGCAAUUUUAUGUAGAAUACAACAAUAAACAACCCAAAGUUGUAGCUUUUAUCAGUUUUGAAAUAUUUUCAUAUAAAUCACAAUGUGUCAAAAUUUCAACCUUCGGUCAACUUUGGCUACCGAAAUGGUCGUAAAACGCAAUUGUAAGCUAAAACUCUUACAUUCUAGUAAUAUUCAAUCAUUUACCAUCAUUUUGCAACAUAUUGGAAGUCUCUAGCACAAUAUUUUUAUUUAUGGUGAAUUUUUGAAACAAAACUUUUUCCUUACGUCCGCUUGGUAACUACCAAAAAUCUCAGAAAUUCUUUUGUCAGUUUGUCAUAAUGUUUGCACCGUUUUAAAUUAGCCGUUACAUAAAGUUUUAUAUAUAAAAGUGUGCGCAAUUUCAUGUCGAAUACAACAAUAAACAACCCAUGGUUGUAGCUUUCAUCAGUUUUGAAAUAUUUUCAUAUAAAUCACGAUAAGUGCCAAAAUUUCAACCUUUGGUCAACUUUGACUCUACCGAAAUGGUCGAAAAGCGCAAUUGUAAGCUAAAACUCUUACAUUCUAGUAAUAUUCAAUCAUUUACCUUCAUUUUGCAACAAAUUGGAAAACUCUUCUUAACACAAUCUUUCGAUUUAUGGUGAAUUUUUGAAAAAAACUUUUUCCUUACGUCCACGCGCGGUAACUCUGCUGAAAAUCUCAGAAAUUCUUUCGUCAGUUUGUCGUAAUGUUUGCACCAUUUUAUAUUAUCCGUCACAAAGAUUUACAUAUGAAAAUGUGCAAAAUUUCAUGUAGAAUACAACAAAAAACAACCCAUGGUUGUAGCUUUUGUCAGUUUUGAAGUAUUUUCAUAUAAAUCACGAUAAGUGCCAAAAUUUCAACCUUCAGUCAACUUUGACUCUACCGAAAUGGUCAAAAAACGCAAUUGCUAAAACUCUUACAUUCUAGUAACAUUUAAUCAUUUACCUUCAUUUUGCAACAAAUUGGAAAACUAGCACAAUAUUUUGAUUUAUGGUGAAUUUUUGAAAAACACUUUUUCCUUGCGUCUUCGCACGGUAACUGCCGAAAAUCUCAGAAAUUCUUUCAUCAGUUUGUCGUAAUGUUUGCACAGUUUUAUAUUAGACGUUACAUAAAGAUUUAUAUAUGAAAAUAAGCACAAUUUCAUUUAGAAUACAACUAAAAAUAACUCAUGGUUGUAGCUUUUAUCAGUUUUGAAAUAUUUUCAUUUAAAUCACAAUAUAGAAAAAAUUUGACCUUUGGUCAACUUUAACUUACCGAAAUGGCCGAAAACUGCAAUUGUAAGCCAAAACACUUAGUCUAGUAAUAUUCAAUCAAUUACCUUCAUUUUGCAACAAACGGGAAGUCUGUAGCACAAUAUUUAGAUUUAUGGUGAAUUUUUGAAAAAAAAAAAAAUGUUAUGUCCGCGCCUUACAAAUUCAUGCAUCAUUUUGUAAUAAUAUUUUCACUGUGUUGCUUUGAUCGUUUUACAAUUUGUUAUAUACCAAAAUCAUUGCAAUUUAGUAUACAAUACAAUGGAAAAAAUUAACUCAUUAGCUUUAACCGUUUUGCUCACAGCGCGAUUUGUAUAGAAUAUGAAAUUUUUUUUUGCGCUGUCAUAUAUUCCAAUAUUUAUAUAUGAUAAUUUUUUUUUUCAUUUCUGAUGGUUGCAUACUAAACUUCAGGCAAUGACCAAAAAAAGGAGCCAAAAAUGAGCUCUUAAUUGUAAAAACUAAGCGUGCUGUGAUUUAAAAAAAAAAACUCCCGAACGCCGCCGGCAUACGAGACACUCUUUGGUAAAUAGCGGCUCGGCGUUUAAGGGUUCAUAAAUCACCCUACCUCUUUAAACCCUUUUACAAUUUAAAACCUGACAUUCUAUAUUGUCUUAGCAAGAUUCUAUAUCUUAGCAAGGCACUGAAAAUUCAUUUUGUGGGCUAUUCUCGUCAUGCAUUGUGUUUUAAUCUGAUUAUAAUUAAUUUUCUGAAAACAUGAUUAAUUUAAAUUUAAUCAUGGUUAUCAAAGCUGUCAGUAGUUGCUGGUGAUGGCAUAAAUUGAUUUGAUUUUUUUUUUUAAUGGCUGGAACACACUUGGGACUUGAAAGACAAAUCACUGCUGUAAUUAAAUUGUUCAAAAUGUAUUUGCAUUCAUUUGUCUCAGCACUACCAGCAACACAAGUCAUAGAACAAAUUGGCUCUUACUACUUGAAUGAGACUAGGCACUUCAUAACACAAAAAUUUGGUAAAUAACAUGGUAAAAUAAAAUUGUGUGUGGAAAAAAAAGUUAUAUACAAGAGCAUUACAUUAAGGAAUAUGUUCAAUAUAAUGAGCUUUAUCUACGUAACCCUAUUUACCAUAAAUAAUUUAAAGUAUUUUCCUAGACACUAAUGGUAACAAAAAAAACUUUAUUCUCAAAAACCAAAAAGGAAAAUGCAUCCUGCAAAACAAUAAAAAUAAUGAAGAAAGCCUUCUUAAAAUAAGUUAAUUUUUUCUUUUUAAAAUGUAAGGUUUUGUUGUGAGAAGCAAUCACAAAGAAAUACAUUCCUUUUAACAAUUUGAGGGUGCUAAAGUAAAAGGCACCCACCUAGCUUCUAACUUACCUACAUACGAAAGGUUAAACAAAAGCCAAAAUUUUUCCAAUAUAGAUAAAUCUUCUGUUGCCACCAGAUUGAAUUCUAAAGGCCCAUCCACACAGUCAAGCUUUGCUCGAUGAACUCUGUUCGAUGUGACAUCAGAAGCGGAGACACAGCAGAUAAGGUUCUGACUUUUCCCGCCUCUGAUGUCACAUUGAGCAAAGUUCAUCAGGCAUAGCUCAACCAUGUGGAAGGAGGGGCUUUAGAAAUAGAAAUUUCUUGUUUAGGGCAGUCUAGUUUCACAGACCUCUUAACCGUAACACCCUAAAAAUACUUUUAUAUCGCAAACUUAAUAGAUAUUAUUGUAGUAUACUUUUGAAGUUACAUUAAUAAAUGGAAAUUAAAAGUACCCUUUUGCAAGUGUUAUGCCAAGUUGAUUGCAAUAUGGUAAAAAACAAAAUAUACAAACCUGAUGUAUUUUAUACUAACAAAUACCAAUUACAAAAUACUUUAUUUUAGGCGCUAGGAUUUAAGCUACCCGGUCAAUUAAUUCAGUUAGCUCGAUUUUUCAAAUACACUUGCAUCAAGUCAGGAAAGCAGGCUAGUUCUUACACAUUAUUUCAUAUUUGUAGCAGAGAAAUAAUAUUGUAUGGUAUGUUAAACUUUAAAUAGACUACAUUAUUAUACAGAUUUCCAUUUUGAUGGCAUUCCCACAUUUGUAGGAAAAAUACAGUGACUAAAAUUAUCUAAGUCUUUCACUUGACAAUCUAGUACUACUUUGUAGUUUGACACUACCUAUGUAUUAUUUUAAUUAUAAAUAGAAUAGGUUCAAAUAGGCUAUGAAUCCAGUGGUAUUAAAAAGGUCAACUUUGAUAUUUAAAAAAGUCAACUCUGAAUUUAACUAUUUAUAAAGUAAAACUGAGAAAAAUUAAGCUCAAUCUUCUUUCACUUACUUGAAUACUCAGUGUUUAAUCAAAUAUGAGUACAGUAGAGUCGCAAGUUUAGAGAGACAUUCCCCAGGCAGUGAUACCUUUAGUCAAUGACUGCAUUCAACAAGAAAUGCUAGUUAAGCUAUUAUAGUUCUCAAGUCCAUACACAGAUAAUUAUGUACACUAUUACAAAAUGUACAUAUAAAUAAGUUUAACUUUCAUAUUGUUAUGAGCUCUUUAGAUUGUAACAAAAUUUCAAUAUUUGUAGUUGAAAGCCCAAUAAAAUCUGGUAGAUACUAAACAAAAUUCAACAUAAAACCCAGCACUAUGACAUAAAAUUUCAUUUUCACAAUGACAAAUUGCUGAAAUUGCGAGUCUACUAUACAACAAUAAGAUCCUAGAAAAUAAGUUAGUUUAUUUAUAAGAAAUGUAUGAAUGAUCUGCAGCAUUUCGUAUGAAUGAUCUUCAACAUUUCAAAGUGAAAGUUAAGAUACAUUAUGUAUUUCUAACAAUGGAAAAGUAUGAAUGAUUUAUUGCAUAUUCAUACUGUAGUUUUUUGUAAUGGAUAAGCCCAUAAAGCAAGACAUUUUUAACUGAUAUUUUUAACAGGCACUUAGGCCCAGAAACCUUGCCCAACUAACCAAGUUGUAUAUUUCUUAUAUCAAACUAGUAGUGGAAUUGUUAUCAUGGAACUAUACUGAGAAAAAAAAAAAAGAAUUUAAUGAAAGCUGAACUACUCUAGUCAAUAUGGAUAAUAUGCGCUUAGCAAAUAUAAUUUUUUCCCCUGAACAAUGAACUGUCAAACAACAGGCUGAACAGCAUUAAGUAGUAUCCCUCCAGAAAUGAGACUACCUUCUUUUUAAAUAUUUAUAAAAUUUUAUAUUAAUAUGUAGCAUUACUGAGGCAUUAAAAUGUCACAACAAACUUGCCAAUUUCACAAAACCUGGCUUAAAAUGUCAAAAAUACAAUUGUAUAUAGUCUUAUUAAUCCAUGAUUUUAAUGUAAAACCUUGCAAGUCUAGUCAUAGAAUAAGAACACCUAUUAUGUGAUGUGUUCCUACUUUAGGAAUGGAGGAUUUACAUGUGUAAAAGAUUCAAUAUCUUGGAAAAUUUCAAGAUUCUUUAAAAGACAAAGUAUGCAUAGUGUGGUAACAGGGUAAUUUUGUCAUUAAAGUGUAGUGAGGUAGUAUUUUGGCUUUCAACAACAAUACCAGCCCCCUCUCAUUUACUCAUUCAUGAGUGAUACAACUUUGCUACUUGCAGAUUUAAACUAAAAGUGUGUACCUGAAAACAUAACUUAUCAAGCACCUCUAAUGUCAAGUUACAAGACACUUAUUUAUAUAAACUUGCAUCUGAGCUAAAAAAUAUUUGUGCAAAUAUCUAGCAUUCACUUUCUUGACUAAAAUACCCAUCUACCAAAAUGUUCAGUAGUGUGUUUAGUACCAUAUCCUUGUUCUGUAGGUUUUUGCUAUGAUGUAAUUGCUCACUUUUAUAAAUGUAAAAAAGUAUUUUAAAUAAAUUUUAAAAAAUGUUACCUUUACUUUAUGUGAGAGCAUAAUAUGCUCUAUGUCAUCAAAGAGAAAUGUGAUAACAUGAUUUAAAACUUAAAACAUUUUUAUCUGAAUCAACCAAGACAAGGGUAACAAGUCAUAUUUUCCAUAACCAGUCAUAAAUUACCAAGUGUUAUAUCUGGAUACUUUGGUCAAUACUCUUUGGAGAUUAUACAUGAAGUUAUAAUGAAAGUUUCAAAGGUUACCUUUGACUUAAAUGAUUCUAGUUUUCUUAGUAAACUCUGUGAUAUAGUUUCUAGAGAAUCACUGCAACAGAGAUAGGUAUAGACGGUCAUCUUCCAACUAUGUUGGAUGCCAUAAUGUAGGGCUAGAAUGAUCUUGUCCACAGUGUAACUGAGCUUAUGAUAGAGUACACCCUUUGCAUGAAACAUUUCAUGAGUACUAUAAAAAGCAAAAUUAUAAUGUGUUAACAUUCAUAGACCACUCACAAACAAUAUGAUGUACAAAAGCUCUGUUACUAAAUCAUUCACAGAAUCUGGUAUUUAAUAAAGCAUCUGUCCAGCUAAAAUGUGAUGUGUCACAGAAUUUAAUCAUAUUGUUUACCUAAAACAAAUGUCAAAGAUUUUAAUUCCUAAUUAUUAGUAUAUAAUACUGUACUAUAGCUGCAGAGAUAAAGAGAAGUCCUUUUGUAAACCAAGAAAUUAAACAAAGCAAACUAUGAAA